AUGGCUGUUCUUUCUCUCCUCACAGUGACUCUGGCCCUUUCUUCCCCGGCCAUGGCCCGGCCUCGCCCACAAUUCGAUAACGGAGGUGAUGCUCAAACGCCCGGUGCCGGUUUGGGCGGUGGUCUCAUCCCUACUGUUCUCCCUGGUGCUGGUGCUGGUGCUACUGAGACCGCCGGUGGUGGUCUGGGUGGUGCCCUUCCCACUGGUGGUCUCGGCGGUUUGCUGCCUGGUGCCGGUGCCGGUGCCGGUGGUGCCGCUCCGGACGGCGAGACCAUACGCGACAAGAUUGAAAAAUUCCUUACAGAUCUUUUCGGAGGUGGUGACAACAACGCUGACCCUCCUGCCGCCGCCCCAACCGGCGGAGCCGGCGACGAUGCCAGCACUGCCACUCCUAUCGCCACUCCCGGCAGCGGCGAUGCUGGAGCCAACGAGUCUCCUCUCUUGACCCCUGGUAGAAACAAUGCUGGCGCCGGCGGUGCCAUUCCUACUUUCGUUGCUGGACCUGGCGCAGGUUUCGGAAACGGUGGUGCUUCUGAUGCUCCUGCUCAAACACCUGGUUCCGGUAACGGUGGAAACGAUAAUACUUCUGAGGAUUCUGUCGCCCCUACUCUCAUUCCUUCUCCUGGCAGUGGUCUUGAUGGCCCCGGCACUGCUCCUGGCGCUGUUAUUCCCACCUUUGUUGCUGGACCCGGUCAAGGCUUCGGAGACGGUGAGACCCCUACGCCCGGCACUGGUGCUGGUAACGGCAACGACAACGCUUCUGAUGCCCCCCAAACCCCUACCCAGACACCUGGUAGCGGCAGUGGCACUCUGCCUACCGAUGGCCUAGCCGCCCCCAGCGGCGCUAUCCCUACCUUUGUUGCUGGACCCGGUAACGGUUUCGGCGAAGGUGGCAACGCCCCUACUACACCUGGAUCUGGCAACGGCAACGGCAACGACAGCGACAACACUUCUGACGCCCCUGAGGCCCCCACACAGACGCCUGGCAGUGGCAGUGGAACUCGACCUGGCGGUGAUUUGGCUGCACCCAGUGGUGCUAUUCCUACCUUUGUUGCUGGGCCCGGUAAUGGCUUCGGUGAGGGUGGCGAUGCGCCUGCUACACCUGGAUCUGGACUCGGCGGUGGUAACGAUGACUCCAACGAUGCUCCCGAGACCCCAGAUCGUGGUAGCGGUAGAGGAAACCUCCCCGGUGGCCUGCUUCAGCCCGGACGCGAAAGCCAGACUGACUCCAACAUUCCCACUUUCGUUGCCGGCCCUGGUAAGGGUUUCGGUCGUAGGAGCCAGAACGGCGGCCUCCAAAGGCGCGCUCGUCGCUCUUAA